GCGGUAGAUGAAACUUAGGCUGUUUUAUAAGUGAUGGCAACUGACAUAAGUGAUAUUGUCAAACAGGGUUAUCUCCGAAUAAGGAGCUGCAAGUUAGGUCUGUGGCAAAGACGAUGGAUAGUGUUGAGGCGUGCAUCCAGUAAAGCUCCAUGCAGAUUGGAAAAGUAUAUUGAUGAAAAGGCCGCUCGUUCCAUCACCGGUCAUAAAAUUGCUUUUCUUACUGCUGUAAAUACCAUAUGUAGAAUUCCUAACAGUGUCAAGCGACAUGCAUUUACUAUUUGUUACUUGGAUGGGACUACCAAGUGCUUUGCUUGUGAUUCUGAUAUGGAAGCAGACACUUGGGUGAAAUUAUUGGUACAAGAAUCACUUAUUCCACAGCCUGGAUUUGCUACUGGAGAACCUGAUGUUUUAAGCCCUGGAAUCCAGAAAGAAUUACAAGAACAAUUUCAUGUUUAUCUUAUGCCUACACCCAAGUUAGAUGUGUUUGGAGAAUGUUUAUUACAAGUCACUCAUGAGAAUAUUUAUUUAUGGGAUAUCAACAAUUCAAGAGUGAAAUUAGUUGCUUGGCCAUUAACUGCUUUGCGUAGAUAUGGUAGCGAUCCUUCUAAAUUUACUUUUGAAGCUGGAAGGCAAUGUGUAACUGGAGAAGGCAUGUUUGUUUUUCAUACUUUAGAAGGUGAUAGAAUUUAUAGGAAAGUUCAUCAAGCCACUCUAGCUAUAGCUGAGGCUCAUCAUCGCAUGAAAGAACACAAUGAUAAAGUUCUUUCUAAUCAAGAUUCAUCCUCCCAAAAAGGAUCAUCAUCAAGAAGCGUGUCUUAUCCCUCUGGAUUUCCCGAAUCCAGUUCAUCAUGCCACAUAACUGAAGAUAGCGAUGAAGAGCGUGAUGUUGUUGUUUCUAAUCCCGAAGUUGUCAUCGAUCAUAAACGAAUGGUAGCUAGUGAAGAAACCCUCAUUCAUCAGAGCACAUCUAGACCUCGAUCAAAAUGCAGUUUGCGCUCUCACUUGUUGCAGUGCGGGAAGUGAAACAUGCUGUUGGUUUUACUUCAUUAAACUCAUUGCAAAUUUUUUGCAGCUAAGAGAAAUAUUUUUGUGUGCUUCUGUCAUAACAAUCUUUUUUCUAUGAAUAAAAAGAACAUAUGUGGUUGUUCUAAAAGAAUAUAUUUUUGUUUUAAUUCACAGGGAAUUCAUUUGAAUAUCCUACUUAAGAAUCUGGGGUCAUGCUGUAUCUUUAGAAUUGUGUAAAGAGGCACAGAUGUUUGAAAUUUCUAGACCAGUUAUAAUAAAGUAUUUGAUUUCGUUUAUAACCUCCCAGUUGUUCUUAAUAAAUGUUUGAUUUUGUGCUAAUAAAAUUUUUUAUACAUUUUCUGCAACAAAAAUAUACUGUUAAAUUAAACUGUGUGCAUUUAAAUGUAACAGUGGUUUACUUCUGAAACUUUUGCAUUAUGAAUUUAAUAAACUUUUGUAAUAUUUCAUAAGUUAAGAAAUUUUUUCAUAGUAAUUUUUUUAUACUCUUCUAAUGCAAACUUACUUCAGGUACUGAAAAGCCCCAUGGAUUAUUUUGUAAUUAAUUAUUUGCAAUUUAAACUUCUUUGAUAACUAAUUGUAAAUUUGAAAGUUGCAUAAUUUUAAGAAUUUUAUGAUGUCAGAUAGACCCUAAAAUGAUAUAACAAUUUUCAUCUUAGUGGCAUUUAUUCUGUUUCUCAAAAUGAAAGUCAAUUAAAAAUUAUUUUUUGGCAAAGCUUAUUUAACAAUAAUGAACUUUUAAAAGAUUAAUAUUUAAUACUAAAGUUGUUAAUCGUAUUUGAAUAUAAAUGGAAAAUUCCUCUUAAAAGUUAACUUCUCACAUGUGCUUCCUUUUGGCUUUUCAGUUCCUUGAAUCUUUUAACUUUUCUACGGAUAUAAACAAAACAAGAAAACAUUGUAAUUGUGUUUAUAUAAACAUUUAUAGUAAUAUUUUAUUUUUCAAAUUUAUAGCAUUUGCAUUUAUUACCUACUCUCUUUCAAAUAUCUUUGUAAUAUUGUUUGUUGAUCCUGUCUCAUUCCUAUACGCUUGUUGAAAAAAGAAAUUUGAUUAAAAAUUGUUAAGAGCCUUUUUUUUCUUUAAAGAGACAUUGUAUUAGUAUAGUAUUACUUUCAGAUUCAUAAAAAAAAUUUUUUUUCCUUUUGUGUAUCUAAUUUUGAAUAGCAUGCACUUAAUUUUUUUUUUUUUAUAAAAUAUAAAGAAUUAAAAAAAAACACUUAUUUAAAAUAUUAUUUUUAUUUUAUUUAUUAAUUAUUAUUUUGCAUUUCAUACUUACAGAAAAUAUUUAUCGCAAAUCUUUAUUAAUGCGUUUUAAAGUAUAUUGGCAUUGUUAAAAGUAUUUCAAAAGUACAGUUUUACUCAAUGACAAGCAGCUUUAUGGUUAAACAUUUCUCUAUUUAUUUUCAAAUUUAUAUCUACAUAUAUAUAUUCAGUUUAAUUUUUCUAUCCAAAUAAAUUUAAAAUGUAAUAUUAACUAUGGAGAUAUUUGAAACAGUAAUUCAGAAAAGUGUAUUCAAUUUGUUCUCGUUCAACAACAAAAUGUUUUUUGAAUAUCUUUAAAUAGACUUUUUUUUGUAUUAUACAUUUUAUAUAUAAGCCAAUUUUAUGGCUUUGUGGAAGAAAAAUGUAUUGAAUGCCUUGUAGUUCACUAUGAAAAAAUAAGGCAUGCUGAAUCAUGUGCUAAAUAAAAAAAAAUAAUUUAUGCUAAAAAUCAAAUGGAAUAUGAGAUUAUUUCCCAACAACUAUUCUUUUAAUGUUUACUGAAAAUUUAUGACAUGUAUUUUUAACCUUCCUGUUUAUAAUUUAUUUAUGGCUUAACAAUAGUCUACAUAUCUGAAAAGUUAAAGAGGCUUUAAAAAUUUAUUGAAGUUGUUAUUUUCUUAUUAAUUUUGAUUUAGUAAAUAAUAAAAAGUAUUUUUUUUUCUUUUUUUGAGAACAUUCACACAAAAAAAAUUUUAAAAUGCAUUUAGCUUAAUUUUCUUGUUAAUAAAAGAUUAUGCAAUUCUUGUACAUAAUUUAUUAAAAUAUUGAUAAUUUUUUUCCAGUAUAUCAUGUACAUUUUAAAAGCAAAAUAACUAAUAAAGUCUUCAAAUUAAUUUGAAUCUCUUUUGUAAAAAGAAUACAUUUUUAUUAACUGUUUAUAAUGCUGACUGUAUUUCAUGUGUACUUUCAAAAUGUUAAAAUAAAAAAAUUGAAAUAUAAAUUAUUUAUACUUUAUUAAAUGACCAUAAAUUUGAAGUUCUAACAAAUUCAUUUCAAACAAAACAUUAUGUCUGUAAAGUUAGUUACAUUUUAUGAACGAUUAUUUUUUAUUCACAUUAUUAAUUUUAGUUGCACUAAUGUGUUUUGUACUUUUUAUUUUACUAGUAUUAUAGGAUUUAUAAAUUGCAAUUUUUUUUAAUGUAUUGAUGUGUUUCUCACUCUUGCAUUCGAGAAUUUAAAUUUUUAUUAUCUUCAUUAUUAAAUAAGUUGCAUGAUGUGUUUAUUAGAAUGUCAAACUGAAACAAGUAACUCUUUAUAAAUGAACUUGCACUUGUAAGAAAAUUAUAAAGAACUCAAAUAUUUAUGUAGUGCAAGAAGAUUGAUGCAUUUAUCAUCAUAAUGUAUUUUCAAAUAUUUCAUUAUAAAUUUAUCCCAUUGAUUUUUACCUGUGACUGAAUCUUAGCAUUCCCAUUUGUGAUAAUGAUUUAUUGAACAAUGCGUUUGUUAUAUUUUUGUUCCAUCAUUUAUAUCUAUUGUGCAUGUCCUAGUGUUAUAUGAAGGGAAACCGGGAAAAUAUCCAUUUCUUGGGUUCAUUUUUGAUAUUUAUUCAUUAUAUUUUAAAACAUCUUUUUCAGGCAUUUUUUUUUAAUACGAUCAUCUUUUUUGUACAUUAUUUCCUAGUUUGAAUAUUGUAUCAUGCAGGUUUUGCAAAUGUAGAAUGUGUAAUUGUUUAUUGAAAAAUGUGUUUUGGAUAUAUUGACUAAAAUGUGCUUUAUAUAUGCUGAAAUUAUACAUUCUUAAAAGUUUAAAUAAAAAAAGUCUAUACAAAUU